AUGUCCGGUCAAGGCGAACAAUCACCAGGUGCUUGGGGAACAAGUGCUGAGAUGUGUUCGUCAUCGUCUUCUUCGUUUUCCGUGCCACCAGAGGGAAGUAAAACGCAUUGCAUCAGUCAGACGCUUUUUGAAACUCUACAGGAAAAAGGAUUUAGCGAAAACGCCAUCAAAAAGUCUAUAGUUGCAGGGUGCGUGGAUGCGGGCACCUGCACACAGUGGAUCACAAUGCAUGAGGGACACCCAGAGCUAGACACCCCGUUAGAGGAUGGUGUGGAGGUGGUUGUGAAGGGCAAGCGCGUCCUCACCGAAGCUGAACGUGAGAAGAAGGUGCGCGAGCUGCGGGAAAAAGCCAAGGCAAAUAUUGCGGAGGAGAAGCGGGCUGCCAUUGAAAAGGAGCGUGAACGUAUUGCGAUGGGUAGGAAAGCGAUUGAAACACAAGAAAUGCUUGAAAAACUUCGACGGGAAUCUGAGCUUGCGGAAGUGCGGAAGCAAAAGGAAGCUGAUCGCAUUGCCAAGCGCCGGGUAAAGGUUCAAAUACUUGCCGACAAGUAUGUGCGUCAGGGGAAUACGAAGGAAGAGGCGUUCCGCAUGGCUGAAUUGGAAUUUGAGGAGGCUGCACAAAAACGACGUCAAGAAAACGUACAAGUGGAGAGCAAAGGUGUGGAAAAUGUUAGAGGUAGUGCCCCAAGCACCGCUUCGUGGGAUAUUGAGGGUUUAAUUGCACAGAACACCUCUCUUUCAGACGUUUUCAACACACCUCCUGCGCCGCUGUCUUUGUUGCCGCGGCUGGUGGAUGGGGUGCGCAACCAUGAGGAUGCUGCGAUGGCUCACCAGUGCCUUGCGGUGCUGCUAACCAUCUUGAGAAAUAUACGUGAGAACCCCUUUGAUGCUAAGAAGCGUUCCUUGAAGACAACAACAGGCGCUUUUCGCAUGAGAAUUGGUCCCGUUCCGUCUGCCAUUCAACUACUGCGCACAUGUGGGUUUCAGCUCGCCACGGACGAGAACGGGAACGAAUCUAUAAUUUUGACAACAGUUGUACUUCGCGUGAUUGAACGAGCAAUUGCCUUGCUCUCACAGGAAACGUGA